GCAUCAAUCUCCUCGCCUCCCACCCCCGCCGCUAUGGUCCGCCUCAUCACGCACAACAUGCUGGCGUGCCAUGCGCGCAACUGCACGAAAGACAACUUCCCGCUCGUGUUCAGCGACGUCGAGCUCGUCGUGCGCGAGGCCGAGCUCAACCCCGACUUCCUGCGCCGCUUCCUCCCCAAGCUCGACUGGGCUGCGCUCGUCGACACGGCGCGCUCGCUCGGCGACACGGCGCUGCCAGACGACAUGCCCGCCGAGUGGACCGACGCGCAGCUGCAGCACCUGCACCACGUGCUCCUCGAGAUGCACGUCGAAGAGGGCAACAUGACAUGCCGCGGGUGCGGGCACGUCUACCCCAUCCAGAACGGCAUCCCAAAUAUGCUCCUCGCAGAGCACGAGAUCGCCCGCUAG